GAAUUUUCAACAAGUUAAAUCAUUUAAAAAAGAAUUAGAAAAAAAUACUGAUAAAGAUGAUAUUAUAGAUAGUAAAAAUAUUGAUAAUGAUAAUGAAUUAGAUAAAGAAAAUAAUGAAAUUAAUAAAAAUAUUUUAGAUGAUAAACUUCAAAUAGCUAUUAAUACUAUUAAUCAAUAG